UUGUCAUGUGUAAUUUUGACGGCUAUUUUAUUUGAAUUUUCACCCUUCUCCUUUCAAAUCUUAAAACUGCUUUUCAUACUGCUCUAAUAAUGGGUAAGAGGAAGCGAUUAACUGUGCUUGAUGGAGAAUAUGAUCUCUCCGAUGCCAAGAAAGCAAGUCUUAAUGAUGAGAAGCGCUUGAUCGUCAUCCUGGAGAAUGCGCAACUAGAAACUGUGAAGGUUGGAAACAGUUUUCAACUCCUAGACUGUGAUAGUGAAGGUAUUAUCAAGAAGGAGAAGAGGGAUCCUAAAUCAUGCAGACCAGAUAUCCUUCACCAGUGUUUACUCAUGUUACUUGACAGUCCUCUGAAUCGAGCAGGCCUUCUUCAGGUCUUUGUUCACACAGAGAAAAAUGUUUUGAUCGAGAUAAAUCCACAAACAAGAAUUCCACGGACAUACAAGAGAUUUGCAGGCUUGAUGGUCCAGUUACUACACAAAUUCUAUGUUAGAACAGCAGAUGGGUCACUGAAGUUGUUGAAAGUCAUCAAAAACCCAAUAACCGACCACUUGCCUGUGGGUUGCAAGAAAAUUUUGACCUCUUAUUCUGCCAAUAAAGUAGUAAAUCCAAGGGACAUUGUUCCCAAGAACGAGCCGUUAGCAAUUGUAGUUGGUGCCAUGGCUCAUGGUCAGGUCAAAGUUGAUUAUGGUGAAGACACAAUCUCAAUAUCAAAUUAUCCUCUAUCUGCAGCCCUAACCUGUGCUAAAGUAUGCUCUGCAUUUGAAGAAGUUUGGGGUGUCAUGUAAUCAAUUUUACAUUAUUUAUUUUAAAAACUGAAUUUACUUGACCAUUUUUGUACAUAAUUUUGUAAAUAAUAUAUAAUAAAUUUUUUAAUAAUCAUU